AAAAUGAGAAAAUCGGAAGAAUGCGGCCGAGAUUAUACAGUUCCCGUUCCCCCACCUCCAAUUGACGGCCAUCUUUAUCCAAUUAUUGAACAUCAUCCAAAUGAGGUUGCUAGAGGUCCACCACCAUAUAAUGACCAACAACAACAACAAUUUGGUUGUCAACCUAUAGGUGUACGUUAUUUUGUUCAUGGACAACAAGAUGGUGGUAGAUCUUCAGGCAACAAUUCAGGAAGGGAAUUUCAUGCCAUUCACACUACACUUCCUGCCAAUGGGGGUAAAGAAAUUUAUUCUACAUUUUCAAUUAUGCUUGUCAGUUUUUAUUGCCAAAUUAAAUUUUGUAACGAUUAAAAAAUAUUUUCUAAAGAUACAGUUUUUUACUACAUUUCUUCCUCAUCUUCACCAUCUGGUCCUAAUUGUAAAAGAAAUGAGCCAUUCCUUUUAAUUCGCCGUCGCCGUUCGAGCAUUGCUUCAAUUGUUUUAGCCUCACUUUUAGCUUCUAUUCUUUUAAUCGUCUUUGUUCGAAUGCAUACAGAGUUUGCCAGAAAACAUAUACAACAACAAGAGGAAGUCAAGAGAGAAUAUAACAAUUAUUAUGGAGGGGGUAGCAACACAAAUGAUCAUUCAGAAUUCAAAUAUCACAAUCAUCAACCUUCUUC